AUGGUGUGGGACUCCUCUCCAGUGGGCGCGAAGAGGGAGAUGGGGUGGGGGUGGAGGAAGUGAUAUUCCCAAAACCUGGAAAAGGUAUUUUUACUUUCAUAUAGUGUUUACUAAGUGUAAAUCUCUCUGUAUUAGCUUACUCAAUCCUCAAAAUAACUCUGUCAGAUAGCUAUUAUAUUAUCGUCCUCAUUUUGAGAGUCAGCUGAGGCAUAUAUGAAAAUUAAUUGCUCAAGAUCAUACAGCUAGUGAUAGAGCUAAGAUUAUAAGCAAGGCCUUCUGGCUCCAGAGUCCGUGCCUUUAACUACUAAGCUAUACUGAGGAUUGUGGAAGUUUCCUAUGAACCGCACCCCACAUGCACCACUGGCAACUUCAGGACUGGGGAGCAGCCAGCACUUAGCCAAUACACAGGUACUGGAACAAGAAGACAGCCAGAAAUCCAAACUGAAAAUGUCUCCUCUCCCACCUCUUGUGAGGUUCCAGGUAGGGAUAAGGCCUUAUCUUAGAGGACAACUUGAGAAUUUAGGAAGGGGUACUAGAUAGGGAAUAAGGAAAAGAUAUAGCAGCGGUGAUCCAUAAUCUUUGAGACACGGGUGUUAAGGUAACUGUUACCAUACCUGUUCUCCUUCCCACAAAAGAAGAAAUGAAUCAUCCAUAUAGACUUUUCCCCUUAAGUCAUGUCUUUCCACAGGUUUAAGAGACCCAUUCACUAUCACUGGUCAUGGAGGCAUCCUCAAAGGGUCUGCUCACCCAAGUUACUCAAUUCUGGAACCUCCUAGAUGAUCUGGCUGAAAGUGACCCUGAGAGCUAUGAGAAGUUCAUUCAACAGCAGCUGAAAGAGGGGAAAGAGUUCUUUGCUGCCCCAGAACCACAGCUCUGUCUACAGACCAAGAUUCUGAAACCAAGAGAAAAAAUACUUUUUAUCAACCUAUGCCAGUGGAAAAGAAUCCCAGCUCCCCAAUCAACCACUCAUCCAGUAACCCUGAGUGUUGGCAGGCCAGAAGAUAUGUCUGAGACAUCAGAUGUUUACACAGUCAUCGAUGUUGCCUACAAUCCUGAUGUUCUCCAGGCAGCAGAAAAGGACCUAAUGAAAAAGGAUCAAUUGAUACAGAUGACCAUGAAAUGCAUUGAGGAACGACUCCAAAUCACUCUCUCCCACUCUUACCAUAUUACAAAGUUUAGAAUAAAAGGAAGCAUUCAAAGGAUGAAACAAAAUCUGAUGGGAAUCCAAGUUGACUCCCCAGAUUUAAGACAGAAAAUUAAAAAGGAAGUAACUCUUGAACAGAUAAGAAACAGAACUGUGAACAAUCCAGAUCACUUUCCUCAACUUUUACUGUCAAAGGACCAAGAUUUGGGCAAAACAGGGUGUCUGAUACAGGAGAUUUCCAGUACUGAGAUCCAGGUAGAGAUGAAGAUUCCAACCUAUGAAUUAAAAAUUGUGAAGGAUCAGAAUGAGAAACCUCUGAAAAUUGAAUUGAAAGUUGAAUUACCUGGUAUUGAUUCAAUUUCUCUCUGUGACCUUAGUGUUUCUGAGGAUGAUUUAUUGAUUGAGGUCCCUGAAAAGUAUAGGUUACAUCUGAAUCUUCCAGAACUGGUUAAUACUGAAACGACCACAGCAAAAUUUAUCAAAGAAAAAGCUACAUUGAUCAUCACAAUGCAACUAUUGUAAGACAAGAGCAUCGUGUGUUUUGGGUUUUCAUGUAAUUUAUACGGUCUUCAUUACAGUUCAUCUUAAAACACCAAUUUCAUAUUUUCUAAGGAUUCCUUUUGAUGGAAUGAGAUUUUUCUCUUCAGCUGUUUUUUUUUAAUACUCUGAAGUAGAUUGGUACUAUUUGUUUUUAAGUAACAAGCGACAAUGAGAAGACUCAAAAAAACUCUAUUUUGAAGUCUUCAGUAAAUUUUUGCAUCAGAAUAAAAGUCCCAGACUGUGCAAAAAAUUUUUAUUACCAGGAUGGACUGUAGCAGUGAAAAUUUCUUCCAGCAAUAAAGAUACAGGGCAAAUGCAAUAAUAUGCAAAUCUAUACUUCUAGGAACCUCUAUACAUCUAUAAAACAGCUCUGCCAGGAGUCCAAGCUACUGAGCCAGAGCUUUUAAUGCCAGAUGUGGAUUUUCUGCAGAUUGAAUACAAAGAUACAGUAAUAGUAAUUGGCGGUUAAUGCAUAUAACACAAAAAUAUAUCCAUCUCUAAGAUGAAUGGGAAAAAGGAAGUGACUUUGAAAUAAGUGCCUUUUUCCUAAGAGAAUGGUCAACAAUACAGAAGUGAAAUUCUUUUCUACUCCCAUUCCUCCCUUGUAAAUUGUCAAAUGGUUUGUUCAAUAAAAAAGUACCAACUUUCCAAUUCAAUUUUUAUUUUCUAUA